AUGAUGACUGAAGAGAGGAGAAUGGCCUCUGCACCCAGAACCUGGAAGGAUUCCACCUUAAAGGCCAACAAAGACACCUUCCCUCGGUACAAGCUCAUAUCCAUGUCCGAGUAUCCGAAAGAGUCUUUCAAGCCAGAAAAGGGUGUCCGACCCCUUCCUGCUUUUGCCAAGGAAGUCUUAGUGGUUCCCUCUAGUAUCGGAACAACAGUCGCAGCACCAGCCAGAAAACCUGUGGUCGAAGCCCUUUGUCACCUUGACAGAAUUUAUGUGAGAGUUCUGCGUGAGGGAUUUAAGAGUGUUGAUGCUUACAAAUAUAUGAAGCUAGGUUCAUGUCCUGUUAACCAAGGCACCAAAGAGCACUACUACUUCCUGUACCUUCUGACAACUGACUGUAACUUCAAAAAAGAGAGUCUGCCAGAUUAUCUGUCCUACAGCAAUGUGCUCAGCUACAACCCAACUGGUGAAGUUUUAAGGGAAUUGCCAUUUAAUGUCCCUGUGCAGUGUAAAUAUCAUAGGCUUUUUCACUCCUACAAAGUUGGCUUUAAUCCCAAACUACAAGGAGGCACAGUUUUCAAAGAACUCACACCAAAACAAAAUGCUGUCCUUCAGGCACAAGAUGCUUCAGGAAAUGCACUCUCUGGCAGCAAAACUUACACCUUGGGUCAGCCAAUGUUCUUUGAAGCAAAGGCGGCCGAUGCCACUACAAAAUCUGGUCAUCAGCGGAUGUACAUCAACAAGUGCUUCAUGACUGCAGACCAAUCCCCCAGCUCUAACCCCAAAUAUACAGUCAUCGGAAACCAAGGCUGUAUGAUUGACAGCAAGCUGAUAGCGCAGUCAAAGUUCCUCAGCGGCUCCUCAAAGAUGUCCCAGAAAUUCCAAGUGUCCGCCUUCAUUUUCAAGGACAGGGUUUCCACUUCCUCCGGGUUGCAGCAACUCUACAUGCACUGUGAAGUCACUAUGGGGGAAUCGCCUCCGUCUCCAAGUUCUAAGGCUUGCAAUUAUGAUUCAGCAACCAAGAAGUGGAAGGAGCUUUAUGGUUAUGACUCUGUGUGCACCUGCUGUGAGACUAAUUGCCCCUCAGCACAGCCCACCGUUUCCAAGAAGACUAUCUCCAGCUCCUCUUGGAAGGUGAACUUGAGUGACAAGGAUGGCCAUGUGAACGUUGAACCUCGGAUGAGAUCGCUGGAUGCUGACCAAUUCAGUUUGGAGGACUCUGACAUGGCAAUGCACGCAGACUUCAUCAACUACUGGGAGGAUGAUUAA